AAACAUACAUAACGUACUGCUUCAACUGAUUCACUGCGCAAAACCACACAGUAAGCAACCGAAGAGAGAAAAAGCGUCCUCCUCGUGACGGAGCACUAACUCCUCACUCUUCUUUCUGAAGGUGGUUGAGGGAAGAAGAAGAAGAAGAUGACGUCUGACGGUGCGACGUCGACGUCAGCAGCUGCAGCAGCAGCGUUGGCGACGAGGAGGAAGCCAUCGUGGAGAGAGAGGGAGAACAACCGGAGGAGGGAGAGGAGGAGAAGAGCCGUAGCUGCGAAGAUCUAUAACGGUCUUAGAGCUCAAGGUAACUACAAUCUCCCCAAGCACUGCGACAACAACGAAGUUCUCAAGGCUCUUUGUUCCGAAGCUGGUUGGGUUGUCGAAGAAGACGGAACCACUUAUCGCAAGGGACAUAAGCCUCUUCCUGGUGAUAUAGCUGGAUCAUCCUCGCGAGCCACUCCUUACUCCUCUUCUUAUAACCAAAGCCCAUUCGAGAGUCCAAUCCUUUCAUACCAAGUCAGUCCAUCGUCUUCUUCAUUCCCUAGCCCUUCUCGCGGUGGCGGCGGCGACACGCACAACAACAUCUCCACCAUCUUCCCUUUCCUCAGGAACGGUGGGAUACCUUCAUCGCUUCCUCCGCUCAGGAUCUCAAACAGUGCUCCGGUGACUCCACCAGUCUCGUCCCCAACUUCUAAGCACCCCAAGCCGUUACCUACUUGGGAGUCUUUUACCAAACAGUCCAUGGCCAUUGCUGCUAAACAGUCAAUGUCGUCUUUCAACUACCCGUUCUACGCGGUGUCUGCACCGGCGAGUCCCACUCAUCAUCGCCAGUUCAAUGCUCCCGCUACUAUACCCGAGUGCGAUGAGUCUGACGCUUCCACCGUUGAUUCUGGUCAUUGGAUAAGCUUUCAGAAGUUCUCACAGCAGCCUUUCCACGGCGUACUCUCUGCAGCAGUGCCGGCUUCUCCUACUUUCAAUCUAGCGAAACCACCCGUGCCUCAGCGGUUAUCUUCAAACGCUGGAGCGAUCCAAGAGAUUGGUCAAAGCUCGGAGUUUAAAUUUGAGAACAGGCAAGUUACGCCGUGGGAAGGAGAGAAGAUCCAUGAUGUGGCUAUGGAGGAUCUUGAGCUCACACUUGGAAACGCUAAAGGUCGUUAGUUGAUUGAUAUAUGAAGAACAAAAAGAAUAACCCGUUGUGGCAUGUCGGAAGGGAGUGUUAGUGUGUUUGGUUCAGUUCAUGGUUCUGGUUCUUGUACUAGAAUUGAUAUUCAUAGUACCAAUGAGUUUGUUUUACAUUGCAUUAUUUUGUAGAUAGACUGCAAGAUGUACGUUUCUAUUAUGUAUCAUUCCUUUUAGAUCUUGUAAGACAUUAAAAAAUAUAUUUAUUUUUAGUGGCUUGAACU